AGAGCUUCAUUCACCGGGUGAUGAAUGGUGGUGGCUGUGGGAUGUGCACCGGAAGUGGAGGUCACAUUAAUUGACCCCCGGCCCAUUUAUUCAUUUCCCCAAUUGCCAAAUCAACGAUGUAAACACAUGGAACCAUUCAUCAAUUAAAAUGGCAUUUGGGGCACUGGUCCUGCUUUCACUCCUUGUUCCUGGAGUUUUCUCCGACAUCACCGUAACCUCAGGAAAUUGCAGUUACUAUUGGACUUUAUACAAUGGCACAACUCCUUCCGAGGCAGUUUUAGGAGGUGUGACCCCAGAGGGUGAAUUGUUCUUCCUUGCUUUGGUUCAGUUAAAACUAAUCAAUGAAAUUUACGUCGGAAUGCUCAUCCACGAAAAAAAAUAUGUUAGAAUCACCUCGCUAGGAUUGGCCAAAGAGGUCAAAAAUGACCCCUUUACUGUUGUAAAUAUUUUGUGUUCGCGUGAUGGGAAGGCGUUUAAAUGGGUUGAGACGAAAAGUGAAGACUUGGCCCUUGUGCCCCAUCUGGUCAACGGCGGUAAGGUUUUAGGCCAAGAUUUGUACAUUGGAAGAAUCAGAAAAUACGGAGGAACGCUCGUUGGAAAAGUUUUUCCACACAAAUUUAUCUAUCAAGGAUUGUACGUGCCUGAAGGAAACGUUUUUGCUCAGUUUAUGGAGUAUGAAGUGUUAACGUUUAAUUGUGACUACAAGAUAAAAGGCCAGUUAAGCGAAAUGUAAAGCAUUUAAAAUUAAAAAAUAAUUGUACUGGAAA